AACACCACGAGGCCGAAUCAAAAUAAACCGGAUCGUUUGUUUUCCUUUUCAGUCCAGCUCGGAGGAAAACAAAGUCCGGCAAUUAAAGUAAAGUUUGCCAGUUCCUUUUGCCCAUCAAAAUGCCGUACGCAAGGAAAAAAAUGCACAGUGGAGACACACAUCUGCGCCGUCGGUGGCGGCUGCGGAAUCGGCGCAAGGAUUUGGACGAAAUCGAUGCCGACCUGAAGAACGACCCGGAAAAGCUGCUGAAACAGGAGGUCGAUCUGGACAAGCCGGGCUUCGGGCAGUUUUACUGCAUCCACUGUGCUACCUACUACAUCAACGAUCAGGCACUGCAGGCCCAUUUCCGUACGAAAGUACACAAGCGUCGUCUGAAGGCACUCGAGGUGGAACCGUACUCAAUUGAGGAUUCGUUGCGUGCGGCAGGUCAGGGCAGCUUCGUGCAACCGCAGAAGCGAAAGAUGGAAACACAGCUCAGCUUGGCGGAGGUGGACGAGGGAAAGCGAAUGAAGGUGGAUACGGUAAUGGAGGAGGAAAAGCCCGCCAAACAGGAACUGUCCAAGGUGAAAAAGGUGACCGACUACAAGAAGGUGCUGGAAGAGCUGUAAAAAUAAAAUGGUUGUUGUAAAGGGAGAAA